AUGACUCAGCAGCCAUGGACGCCACAUCUGCUUGGGAAUGUGGCCGCAACAGAUUGGUAUUUGUUGGAUGGCAACUCUAAGCUGCAUGUUCAUUGGGAGAAUCAUGAUGAAUCUUUGAUGAACACUGUCAAAGAUGAAAAGGCGAAUUCUUUGAUUCCCCGGGCUGUCAGGGAUUUUGUACUUCCAGCAGGUUUUCUAGUUUCUUGUAGGUUCCUGCAUAAGAGGUCAUUAUUGCAGAGUUGGAGACUGACACUAUGUUUAUCAUUACAUGCUAUUGGAAUUCCCAACAAACUUGACAGGAUGGAUCAGUCACACGUUGGUUACAUCAAGUCUUCUAAAGGUAUCCCGUAA